UCCGAGAAGGGACCGAUAAAACAGUGUCAACGGGGAGUAUGGUUUUGCUCGCAGGUCAGGAGUGCGGGUGAAGUUUUCCCAAGUUACUUGAACUGUAAUAAAAAAGUGACACUUUAUCGCGUCCAGCAGUUAGUUUUAUGCUAUUCGUACGUUAGCACAUAGAGCUCUUUUGGACGCUGUUUGCCGGACUGCGUUGACACUGACAGCUGGAAAGUAAACAUCUCUAUGCUAACCAGCUAACUGCCGCUAGCCUAACUGGUAACCAAUGAUAGCUAGCUAGUUUUAGCCUGUUAACUCAAAGAAUCUACAAGUGUCUUUGUUGGCGUUAAGUUACAUCAUCACAAGUUGCCAGCACCCUCCCAUAUUUUUUCUUUCUUUUUUCCUCUUUUUUUUUUUUUUUUUUUGGGGGGGGGUUAAACUGCUCCGACGAAGGAUUGCCACAACAGCACUUUCCAUUCAUGCCGUUUGUGAGGUCGAGACUACCAAACCUCUUGUUACCAAGGAGUCGGUGUGUGCUGUCCCAGUGAAGUCAGCAGCCUUUAUCCUGCAGAGAUAACUGCCAACAGAGAGACAGGAUGCCUAUUCCUCCCCCUCCCCCUCCUCCCCCAGGACCCCCACCUCCCCCCACCUUCAAUCAGGCCAACACAACUCCUCCCAAACUGAACUCUUCUGAGACAAAAGGCAGAGGAGCGCUGCUGUCGGACAUCUGCAAAGGCGCCAAGCUCAAGAAGACCACUGGGGUUAACGACCGGAGUGCGCCGGUUCUAGAAAAAUCUGGAGGAGGAGGAGGAGGAGGAGGAGGAGGAGGAGGAGGAGGAGGUGGAGGAGGUGGUGGUGGUGGUGGUUUUGGAGGAGGAGGGCCAAUGGGAAUGGGAGGUCUUUUCCAAGGAGGUGUUCCUAAAUUACGCCCAGUUGGAGAUGGUUCAGCCGGAGGUUCGGUGGGCAGAUCUGCCCUGAAGCCCCCAGGAUCCCGCCCCACAGCACCUCGUCCCCCCACAGGCCGCUCCACUUCACCCACUUCAGCCAGGAAGCCUUCUCCACCGGAUCAUCAGCGCUCCCAUCGGCCCUCACUCCCCGACAUCUCCCGCCCCUCCAGCAGCAACAGCAGCUCUUCCACAGGCAGUGGGAUGAAGCACAGCACCUCUGCACCACCCCCUCCUCCACCCUUUAACAGAGGUGUCCGUGGGAAUGCACCUCCAACUCCUAACCAGAAAGUAUCAGCGCCACCUUCCACAUCCUCCUCCUACAGCAGAGAGAAACCCCUCCCACCAACACCCAGCAGAGGCCCCACCCCUCCUAGCACUGUUAAGCAGCCUCAGUCUUCUAGUGGACCACCCAGUGGUGGAUCUUCUGUGCCUCCACCUCCUCCGCCAUACAGACCACACCCAUCGGGUGGCAUGUCAAACGGGCCCUCUCAAGUAGAAGGAGGUGGGGUUCCGGAGCUCCCCCAGAGGCACAACUCCCUGCACAAAAAACACUCAUCAGGAGGAGGCAGCCAAGGACGCAGCCAUGCCCCACCACCUCCUCCAUCACCGUCACCAGCCUCUCAGCAGGUCAGCAGACCACCACCACCUGUCAGGCAGCCACCUGGACGCAGAGCCGCCCCCCAGGCGCCCCCUUCCGGGUCUCGUAACGGUGGACGUGAGGCUCCUCCUCCCCCACCUCCGUACCGCGGCCACGGCUCCGGGUCCUCAGAGUCCCAGAACCGAGUGGCAAAACCACCUCCUCCUCCCUCAUCUUCCUCCCUCUCCUCAUCCUCCCGGACCCCAGCAGGACCACCUCCUCCUCCCCCACCUAUCCGGAACGGCCACUCUUCCAGCUCUUCCUCCAGGUCCAUCGUAGAUGAUUUUGAAUCCAAGUUCAACUUUCACCCCAUCGAAGAUCUUCCACCUCCAGAGGAGUACAGGCACUCUAACAAGGUCUACCCCAGCAAAACCAACAAGACCAUUAGAGGAGCUCCUCCAGCACCGCCGGUGGGGAGGUGAACGGACCUCCGCUCAGGACUUUACUCUGUUUAUUGGAGGGGGGCGGCGAAGAAGCACUCGGAUCACAAACACACCACACAGCAACACGAAGCCAGAAGCACAGCGGUGAAUACAAAUACUUCUCUGCAUCAGCGUCUGUGUUUGCAGGAGAGAACAAAGAAACCACUGAAGGAGGCCAGAAACACUCUUCUUCUUCUUCUCUGCUCACGGGAUGCCGAGGCCUCCGUUUUACAACAUAUCAGGGCCAAACUCCAAACACUUCCAGAUCUCUGCAUUCCAGCUCCUCUUAUUCACCAUGAGAAUGAUGAUAGUUGUGAUUUUCAUACUUUUUUUUUUUAUUUUGUUUUGGUGUCAGCAUUAAUCUGUGAGUUUGGGGGAAAUCGGCGCUACGAAUGAACACUUAGAGCAAAGCAUUCCAGUUUUUCUGCAGAAUUCUUGAUGCCAUAUGUUUGGGGCUUAUUGUGGGUGAUUAUUCUGAUUAAUUAUUGUCAUUCCAGCAGUGCCAGGUAAGGGUGCUCUUCUUUUAGUUUUUCCUUUCCUGUGUGCCAAACGCAGUUGGAGUGACAUGAAUUGUGCAUACAUGUCCUUUUAUAUCAUGAUAAUUUUGGUUUCUCUUCAUUUACGAACUAAACGUCCGUUUAGAAAUUUGCCAAGCUGAGAAAACUUUUACCUGCUUGAUUUUUUUUUUCUGCUCAUUUAGCCUCCACUUCCUUUUCGUUUCAGGAGGUUUGUUUUUCCAUCAUCAGGUGAAAUUGCACAGCCGACACUACACGAUGCUGAUUUAUGCAUUUGAAAUACGAUUUCUUUACUUUGAUGUUACAUUAAACACAAGAAAGCUAAACUGAUUUUUCUGAUUAACUUAGUUAAUCUUAAAACACUCUGGUUCUGUGUAUCCAACACUAAAUGAUUUAGUUUACCGAACCAACUUAAGGUGAUUAAGCUCUAAAGGUGGUUCUAAGGACUUUACAGAGGACCAUUUGACAUUUUUUGUUAAUCCUAAAUCUAUUACUUCUAUUUUUGCUGCUGUUGGCCCUUUAAAAGGACUCUGUGGCCAGAGAGAUGCGUUGUUGGGGUUUAAUUGCUAUGCAAUGAGCAGUUUGUACGGAUUGUAGAUGGAGCAGCACACGUAAGUGCCAGAAAACAGACGAAGGUUCUUUAUUCAGCUUUUAAAAUAAACUAUUAAGCUUCACUUUAAGACACUAAAGACAUUCAUUCAGAUUAUUCCACCAUGCAGGAGGGAGGGGGAGAAAGCGAUAAGGGAUGCUGCACCUCCUGCUGGUCGUUGCCUUAAACAGACGUUGUCACCCUCUUUGGUACCAGUGCUUUUACCUUCUUUGUUUUUCAGGGGUCUAAGUCAACAAAGUAAAUAAGAAACAAGUCUGUUUGCAAUAAAUAAUGUAUAUUUACACUAAGAAAUAUGGUUAUCAUAGUUAGUGAUUUAUUUUUAUGUUGUAAAAAGUUUGUAAUAUAGGAAAGAUAAACGAGUUCUAACAAAGUUCCAGUAGCGCAGACUGUCUGCAGCUCUGGAUGUUUGGCCAUACGGGUCAAUGAGCUGCAUGGAUGUAGGUGAGCUUCUACCAACCAGCGUUUGGGGCUUCAUUCUGAUGAAUGAUAGCGACAGCACACACACAGCAACGUACGUACACCACCUCUGGAUGUUUGCUCACCUUGACAACACAGGUGAUCUGCCACGUUUGUCUCCUCAUGUUGUCACUUUGCCCACUGAAGAGCAAGAACCCCUGUGGUCAUUUCAUGUUAAUCAACCAUGUUUUUAUCAUUUGUAAUAAGUUCAAAUAAAUAUUCUUGUGGGGAAAAAGGUA